GCGAACAGUUUUGUCACAAAACUGUACAAAACUGUACGAGCAAUGGGGGUUUACGACCACGGCAUUACCGUCCUCCAGCUGCUGUCUCCAGUUCAAUGGGUACAGACAUUCUUCAUCCUAGCAGCAUCAGCAGUGUUAGCCCUCACAUUUUUACCCUCCCGAACCCGCAGACUCCUUCUUGACUACGGCGCCCGCGGCGGCUCGAGACCAAGUGCGGCUGCAGCUGGAGGCGACUGGCUGGAGACCAUCACCGCCACUGUCACGUCGUGGGGCCAGAUACCGCACUCAUGGUUCGCUGCUUUUUAUGCAACCUCGCUGGCUGGCUCAGCAUUCUGGGCAUACCAGUUUGCCUUCCAAGGUGAAAUUCUGAGGUUGGUCGCCUCGACACAGGUUGCCAACGGUUCUGAAGCCAACGGCCAGAGUCUGGUGGCGGUCAAGGUGGCAUGGGCUUUGAUGGCGGUGCAGGGAGCUAGGCGACUAUUCGAGCAGCUCUUUGUCCUCGAAUCUUCGACUUCCAAGAUGUGGAUCGUUCAUUGGGCACUCGGGCUGUCUUUUUACAUAUUCAUGAGUGUUGCCGUGUGGAUCCAAGGUUCAGGAUCCAUAAUCGACCAAUGGUCAAAACCCAAUGACGGCCAUGGCCCUGGUCUCAAUGUUCUCACUGGCUCUGUCAUGUUUUUCAUGGCAUCAGUAACCCAGUUCAGGUGCCACAGCCACUUGGCAAGUCUCAAGAAAUACUCGCUCCCAACAGAAGGGCUGUUCCAGUAUACGAUUUGCGCCCACUACACCUGCGAGUGUCUCAUCUACAUCUCGCUAGCCAUCGCCGCAGCACCGGAAGGGCAACUGUUUAAUAAAACGAUACUCUCGGGACUUGUAUUUGUGGCAGUCAACCUUGGCUUGACAGCACACGGCACUCGCAAAUGGUAUGAGACCAAAUUUGGUGCCGACAAGGUAGCGUCCCGAUGGACCAUGAUCCCUCUGGUGUACUAG